UUUUUAAAUCAGUGGGCGGCGACUGGGAGUAGUCUGGAGAGAACAUGUGUCGUUGACGUCAGCAGAAAAGGAUGGGAAAUUGACAGCGGCCAAGGGAAUGCCUGAACACCGGAUCGCUUUCCUGACAUGCACCAUGGUACAAGGGAUGAGUGUGCAGGAUCUAGCAUGCAGACAGAGUAAGCACCGCGGCUGCUGAGACAUGGACUUGUCUGUGGAGGACAGGGACGGCCGUGGCAAUCCCUGGCUGAGACACUGAGGCAGCAGGGGGAACUCCUGGGUUCCUCUGAUGUUUCCAGCCCCGUUCUAACCAUGAGAGUGGUCCUCUUGGCCUUCAGACUGAUGUGCUUGGCCUGGUUGUGGCCUGUGACUCAGCUCAACAGCAGCAACUUUCCAGUCAAGAGGAGGCACAAGGAGACGUACCUCGACGAGAACACCAAGCAGAAGCAUGGAGGACGAGUGGAUCUCAAGAUGAAAAAGCUCGACAGCACAAAGUCACUGCUCAUCAAGUCCGAACAGCUGCUUCGGAUUGAAGACCACGACUUCGCCAUGCGCCCCGGCUUUGGAGGGUCUGCUAUUCCUGUGGGCAUCGACGUCCAAGUGGAGAGCGUGGACAGCAUCAGUGAAGUGAACAUGGACUUCACCAUGACCUUGUACCUGAGGCACUACUGGCAGGACGAUCGCCUGGCGUUCCCCUCCAGCAGCAACAAAAGCCGCACCUUCGACUCUCGAUUAGUCAAGAAGAUUUGGGUCCCAGAUGUGUUUUUCGUGCACUCCAAACGCUCCUUCAUCCACGACACCACCAUGGAGAACAUCAUGCUCCGAGUCUUUCCAGAUGGCAACAUUCUCUACAGUGUCAGAAUCACGGUGACUGCACUUUGCUCCAUGGACUUCAGCAGCUUCCCUUUAGACACGCAGAACUGCUCCCUGGAGCUGGAGAGUUAUGCUUACAAUGAGAACGACCUCAUGCUCUACUGGAAGAACGGGAACGAUUCAUUAAGGACUGAUGAGAUUGUUCUCUCUCAGUUUUUUAUUGAAGACUUCCAGCCUUCCUUUGGGCUCGCCUUCUACAGCAGCACUGGCUGGUACAAUCGUCUCUACAUAAACUUCAUUCUUAGGAGGCACAUCUUUUUCUUCAUGCUUCAGACCUACUUCCCCACGAUGCUGAUGGUCAUGUUGUCCUGGGUGUCAUUUUGGAUUGACAGAAGAGCUGUGCCUGCCCGUGUCUCGCUGGGUAUCACGACGGUCCUCACCAUGUCCACCAUCAUCACCGGCGUCUCCGCCUCAAUGCCUCAGGUGUCUUACGUCAAAGCGGUUGACAUCUACUUAUGGGCGAGCUUCCUGUUUGUCUUCCUGUCCGUCAUCGAGUACGCCGCGGUCAACUAUUUCACCACGGUGGAGGAGAUGAAGAAGCUCAAGAAGGCAAAGAUACCCGCCUCGUACAACGCCACCCAGGCCAUGGCAUUUGAUGGCUGCUUCCACGACAACGAGAUUGACCUGACCUCUUUCACGGAGAUGUCAAGCAUGCCCAACACGGAACGGAACACGCAGACACGAAACUCCACCGCGUCUGUCACCACGGAGGGCACCAGGCUGCGGCGCAAGCAUCCCAUGAUACAGAAUCUCAGCUUCAUCAUGAGCAACAGCUACAUGAUUGAUUCCUACUCCAGAGUCAUAUUUCCCCUGGCCUACUUGCUCUUCAACGUCAUUUACUGGAGCAUGUACGCUUAGAGCCCUGCUCUGGACUGAGACCGCCGCGGUCACGAACGUUUUACCUGCCGCAGAGCCUCGGAUCAGCUGGUGUUUUUUUCCACGGAGGAACGCCUGUUUCACAGGAGCCAUUCACAGGAUUCUGUCUCGUUGCUGGAUCUGAAGGAUUACUUAGUUAUAUAAAAACAAUUUGUGUGUGUGAAAAAAUAAAGUCAAUGUUUGCCUUU